UCAGCUCACUGUAGUUGAAGCUCCUGGAUGGUGGAGUAAUAUAAACCUGAAAGGCACCUCUGAGCUCACUAAACAGGAGAUUGUGCUCAGUGUCUCUCUGUGUCCUCCAGGACCCCACAUCUUCCUACUGCAUGUAAAUGUAACUCAUUCUUUAACACCGGAAGACAUAGAGAACAUGGUGGAACAUGUUGACCAUCUAGGUGAGGGAGUGUGGAAUCACACCAUGGUGCUGUUUACCGGUGGAGACUGGCUGGGAGACACACCCAUUGAGCUGUACAUAGAGAGUGAAGGGGCCCUGCAGUCUCUAGUAGAGAAAUGUGGGAACAGAUAUCACGUCCUCAACAAUGAGAAAAGAGAUGAUUGGCAGGUGCUAGAGCUGCUGGAGAAGAUUGAAGAAGUGGUAGCUGGAAACAGAGGCCAGCACUUUGAAGUUGAUAACAACAUCGUUCAGGAAAUGAAGAGGAAGAGAAGAAAGCUUACCAAAAGAGCUGAAGACAGAGAGACAGCAUUUCACAAACACAGGAAUACAGUUCAGUUUGUUAUGGGUGACUGGGUUCCUUUAUCACAAGUAAGAAUUCUGUGUCUCAAGUAUAUCGAGGAGUCCUUAUUUUCAGACACGGAUAUUGGAAUGCUUUCAGAAGGCGUGACAUUUCAGUCUGAAAUAAAACAGCGUUCCAUCAAAGAUCAAGACAUCACUACUGUCCGUACCAUAAUGUCCCAAAGCACGAACACUCUACAGGAGACCAAAGAUGCUUUUGUGUCCACCCUGUCUCUCUGUCAUCCUGGGCCACAUGCCAUCUUUAUGGUAGUUGACAUCGAGCUUCACUUCUCAGAGGAAAGCAGAAGGCGGCGACAGAAACACUUGGAUCUGCUUGGAGACAGAGUUUGGGAUCAUGUCAUAGUUGUGUUUGAGUCAGAUGAGAAUCAAUUAUCAUACCAACGGGUGGAAGAGUACAUUGAAAUGGAAGGGGAGCCCCUACAGUGGCUAGUUGAGAAAUGUGGAAGCAGAUAUAUCUGGCAAAAAGAUGAGGGCAUGUCAGAUGAAUUGAGGAUGAUUGGUGAGAUGAUGCUUCUAAAUGGAGGAAGAUAUUUCCUGUAUGAGGAAGGCAGAGCCAAUCAGACUUCAGCAGUAGCUGCAGCAGACUGGAAGAUGGAGGUGCAGCAGAUGGUGGAACUGAAGGAGGAGGAUGAGCUGGCUCAGAGAAUGAAGACUUCCCUGAAGUUGGAAGAAGAUGACUACACCUCCGGAAUUCAUGGAACACACAUAUCAGACAAAGCCUCAGAGCACAAUUCUGGAAUUGGGUCAUGCAUGAAAAGUGACUCUGGGUAUGUCUCAUCUAGAGGAAAGUCAGUGAUGUCUGGGCUGCCAGCUAGGAGCACCAUGGAACCCCCAGAGAGUGAGUUUGGCGCAGUGGGUGGAGAUGACUUCUCUGAAGUUUCCUCAUUCUACAGCCGAGACAUCUCAGACGUGAUGUCUGAAGCCCCCUCAGAGCAAGACUGGGCAGUUUCAGGACCCCAGAGCACUGUGGAACCCCCAAUGAAUGAGGAUAAAGAUGAAGACCCUGAUCUGUGGGGAGCAGCACUACCACUCAUUUCCAUCCAAGAGGAAACAGACAGUUUGGACGGUUCAACCGGAGCAUCUCCCAGUCAGUAUGACAGACCAACUAACUGCUGCAAAUCAUGUGAAGACAUAGUGGACACCUCAGACUGGACCCCAAUGACGCCUGCUGUUUCUAUGGCUACAGGAGUGCUUGUGUAUGCACACAGCUCUCCCCCAGGAAGCUUUGAGUGCACCGUGUCUGGCCUGCGCUGGGUGUGUGGAAAGGAUGUGACUCUGCGGUAUCACUUCAAUGACCCUGAUAUCUUCAGGGAAGAGCUUGCCAUGUUGCAGUACACACCAAUUGGCCCUUUAAUGAACAUUAAAGUGCUGUCAGGUGAACUGUUGGAGGCCCACUUGCCCCAUUUUGCCUGUCUGGAUGGAUCAGGUGCUGUCCUCAAGGAGGCUGUGAAGGUUCUGCGUGCGGUUGAUGGUGGAGUGCAUCUAGAGACCUGUGAGCUGACACGAUUCCAUGCAAAGCUCCUGAAUCCCUCCUUCUCACUGACUGAAGUCCUGGUGAAAUUCGGCAUCCCCAUGAAAAUCCACCUGGAGGUGCUAAUCUACCGGACCAGAGUGACACCCCUGGUUCUCCUGGUUUAUGUAGUGCCACGGGAUGCUUCAAUGAUUCAGGCUGCAGAGGAGGAUGUGCACAAAUGCUCAGAUGAUCCCCCAAAGAUGAUCAAAACACAUCGACCAGACAUAUCCGUUUGGAUGAGCACAACAUUUGGUCUAAAGGCAUCCUUGGAUGAUGCUAAAAUCUCCCCACCGCAAUUCACACUCAAAUACAUCAGACCGCCAGACCUGUUCCAAGUCAUCCUGAAAACCAUAGGUGACUGCUUUGAUAUAGAGCUGGUGAGUGAAGGACAGUCCAUAUGGAAAGCAACAUUAGAGCACUUUACUUUCAGUGAUACAGAAGCAGUGGCACGUCAUCUUACAAGGCCUUUAGUAGCUUCAGGACAUCCAGAUGACGUGAUCCGUAAGAAGGUGUGCAAGACAGACUCAGCUGCCAGGACCAAUCAGGAAGAAGGGAAACUGUCCCUCAUGUCAAGCACAGAGUGCCUUUCCAAGGUCCGGCCUGAGCUCAUCACAAGAAUAUCAAGAGGUCUACUGAGAGCUCUCUUGGCUGACCUUCAAUCCCACUCUCCUCCUGUGGUAAGCAGUUGGGAAGCAGAGGAGAUCCUGCAGAGAUCCAGUGUGGUGCGGGACCAAGUCACCUCAUUGGUUGAUGUGCUGCUCAGAAAGGGAGAAAAAGCAUGUGGCAUCAUGUUCUCCCUGCUGAGAGAAGUAGACCGUUUCCUUUAUGAGGACCUUGGUCUGUGAA